UUACUUACGACGGUACUUCUAGGGAUAUGACAUCAUACACAAAGGUAAACAUGGCGGCGGUUUCAAGUGUAUUUCGUGCUGGUCUGUUCGCUAACAAAGUUGCUAUUGUUACUGGAGGUGCCUCUGGGAUCGGGAGAGCCAUAAGCCAGGAACUGCUUUACUUAGGAUGUAAAGUUGUAAUUGCAUCCAGGAAUCAGGAGAAGCUUCAGAAUGCAGUCAGAGAAAUGAAGACUCAAAUACCGAUCAAAUCCACAGCUGACAUUAAAGAAGUCAAAUGUAACAUCAGAAAUGAGGAAGAGGUGAAAGCACUUAUGGACUCAACGUUGAGCUACUAUGGGAAGAUUGAUUAUCUUGUGAACAACGGCGGUGGGCAGUUUAUGAGUCCGCUCUCUAAUAUCAAACUGAAAGGAUGGAAUGCCGUUGUCGACACCAACCUGAACGGCACAUUCUUGUGUAGUAGAGAAGCUUACAACAAGUGGAUGGUCGAUCAUGGAGGUGUGAUUGUCAACAUCAUUGCAGAUAUGUGGAAUGGCUUCCCUAUGAUGGGACACACCGGGGCAGCAAGAGCAGGAGUAGAGAACCUUACAAAGACGGCAUCCUUAGAGUGGGCACCAAGUGGAGUGCGCAUCAACUGUGUAGCUCCUGGGACAGUGUACUCAGAAUCAGCGGCUGCUAACUACGCAACUCCAGAGAUCUUUGAGUCUGCAGUUCCUGCCAUUCCAGCAAAACGGCUCGGCAAAGUAGAAGAGAUCUCAGCCGCUGUGUGCUUCCUGUUGUCACCAGCAGCUUCCUACAUAACUGGAGAAACCAUUAAAGUGGAUGGAGGAUCAAGUCUUUAUGGGCAGACAGGAUGGCAUGUGCCAGAUCAUGAUAGAUCAAAAGCCUAUGAAUGGAAGAGUGACAUCAAAGAUAAAGCAAAAACAAUUGAAGAAAUAGAUAAAUCAAAACUAUGACGACUCUAUAUUUUUCCAAUUAAAAAAUUUAUUAAAAAUUUCAAUAUAAAUGUAAAAUUUGUACAUCCACUGGCAAAGUAAACCUGUAUAUAAAUAAUUAAUAUUUUCAUUUAAAAGUUUUAACCAAAAGUACCCCGACUUUGAUUUAAUAUUUGAAGAGCUGAAGAAAACAUUUUGCAAAUUAUGAAAUGGAAUAUUGCCAUAUUAUGCUCUUCACAAAGACAAAUCAAAGUCACUUCAAAAAGUGGUAAGAAAAAGAGGUAGAAACAAAAGAAAGAAAUACCCAUGGGCUGAUUUCAAAAACAGCUGAGAUUAAAGGAACACGUUGCCUUGGAUCGGUCGAGUUGGUCUUUGAAAAGCAUUUGUAACUGUUUGUUAUAAA